UCAAUUCAGUGUAAGACAGGAAAUGAAGUGAGUUCAGUAGAAGGAGCAGCAGCAGCAGAGAGACAGACAGAGCUGCUGUAGUGGUGUAAACACAGCCAUGAAGGGCAUGAAAAAUCCAAUGAGACACCUGCUGCUCACCAGUCUGCUUCUAACAGGUGUGUGGUGCGAAAAAGAUGCAGUGUUUGUGUACAGUAGACUUGGAGGUGGCAUCCUCCUGCCAUGUACCAACCUGGUUUCCCCAGACUGCUCCCUCAUCUCCUGGACCUUCUACAGUGGUCGGCAGAUAUCUUACACCCAGAUAGUCAUCGGCGGGCGGAUAAGUGCGAACUCAGACAAAUCCACCCGCAUGUCCGUCACUUCCGACUGCUCUCUCCGCCUUCAUGACCUGAGUUCUGACGACGCCGGCUCCUACGUCUGCCAGAAGCAUGAAAACACCAUCACUAACGUUUACCUCUCUCUCCUCGCCGUCACCGCACUCUCCAAAAUCACUGACCUGCAGCCUGGAGGAAACCUCAUCCUGAGCUGUAUCCUGUUCACUUACUAUGAUGCUGGAAGCUGUAAGUCAUAUUCCAACGUGUUCAGCCUCAACUGGGCGACCGAGGACGGUACCGUGCUGCCCAAAGAGAGCAGGUAUGAGCUGAUUGGAAACAACUGCUGCAACAUCACUCUGGUCACAAAACUCCGGAGGGAAGACAACAACAGGAAGUGGAGAUGUCAGGUGAACACCACAGAAGAAAGCCGGACAGUGUUUCAGGACUUCACAUCCGCCUUUUUGUUCCAUAAUCCUUCCACGGCCCAAAAUCCGAUUCUUUCAUCUGCCAUGGAUUGUCCAGUCCAGCUGCCCAUCAGCCGCAUUGUGCUCUGUGUGGCUCUGCCAGUCUUGGUGAUCAUAGUGGGAUUCUUCACAUGGAGAGGAGACCAUAAGAGGCCCAAAACAUCUGCAGCUGGCUUCGAGCUCCAGGAAUUUAGCUGAUUGCUGAUUACUGUA